UACCUUGUUCUGAGCGGGCGGUCUGCAUGGCAGAACCUGAGCACGGCUGACAUCUGCACCCCCUCGUGAUGGAACUGCAGCCCACCACCGAUUUUCCACCAGAACCUACCAGAAACAGCGCGCGAGACGAAGACACUCCCCUACCGGCGCGGGAACAAGAGCUGUCGGCCUCGUUUCCACUCCUCCAGUUUCCCAAGCCCCAGGGGAGCCAGCAUCUUGCCAACUGGGUCUCAAAUAGCACGCCCGCCGUCAUGCAGCCAUCCGACAUGUCGGAUACGAGCAGCCUCGCUGACUCGGCCUAUGAAGUCGUCCAUGGCACGGACUCCGAGAGCCAAGACGACCGCCUGACCGAGUCGGUUGGGUCUCUCUCUGUUUCCCGACCCGAAGACGUUCACAGCUUAGACGGGUCCGAGAACCACUACGACACCGAUUCGGACGAAGAGACGAACCACUCCUCGCAUGCCUCGUCCAUCAGAUACGCCGACCACGCUCUCCAACACCCAUCGGCGCAGGGACCGGCAAGUUCCCUCGAUCACGCGUCGUUUGCUGAGGGGUCUGGCGUUGUCGUGGGAUCCAUCGAGCUCCAAGAAGCAACCGACGACGGCUCGCUUCUCCGGGAGAAGAUCUUGGCAAAGCAUGCCAUCCGAGAGUUCAGCGAGGAAGAGUCAACUGCCAUGGUACAACAUCUGAACCUGUCGAACCCUCCGAAGCGUCUGGUGGCCUCGAUUCGUCAAACUAUGUCCCAGUCUUACCUCUCCACGCGAGAGCCGCUGAGGGUCCUUUAUGUUGGCCGAGCAGAUGCUCAGAGGAGCAUUGUCCUCAAGAUCUGCAGUGCGAUCUGGACAUCACCCAAGAACGGGGCGAGCGACGACCAAGACCACUUCAGCCGCCACCGUGAGGGGGUGUACAACAUUGUGCCCAUAUCCUCGUUCGGCCCCGCACCCGAGUUGGACUUGAUGGAAGCCUCCCACUACCAGAUCAAGGUGGAGCACUGCACCUCGGCCGCGGUCCUGAGCAAUAGCGUGUAUUCCGUCACCCUUGAACACGAGAGGUCGUACACAUCCUCUUACUCCUCGGACGGCCCCGUCGUGCGCCCAAAAUGGGAUCUGCCACACAUCGCCAUAUUCUACUGCUCCGAGCGGGAUGAUGCCGAGACCGAGCUGACGAGAGAUUCCGCAUGGGCCUUCAUGAAGCUCCAUGGCGUGCCCUGCAUCAUGAUCGCGGAGCAGCAGCAGUUUAGCGACUCGGCUGCCGUCCCCUGGGAGGCGUACAUCAAUGAAGACACUAUUCAUCUCUCUCUCGAGUCCCGAGACCCGCAGAGGCCAAUGCCCCCCCUCCGCUUCCCCAUUGACUACGCUUCAUUUGCGGAGAUCGACCCCAGGCAGAUGAAUCGCAACCUGGCCUAUUUGACCGGAUUGUCCGACAAGGCAGAAACCACGACUUCCGAGGACGGCAUCGGAGCGACAGAGGCAAUUUUGGGGGUAUCGCUCGGAGAAUCGAGGGCCCUGGAUAAGCUGAGGGAGGUCUUUUGCGGGUUGGCCGAACGCCACGAUGCGAAGUGGUGGAUCUUGACCUUGCUUGGCCCCUUCCUCCUCUCCCUCACGGUGUCAUUCUUCCUCUCCGCCUUUGCGGGGUGGCUGCGGUCGGGAGAUCUUUCUCACCUUCAACCAGCUUCCCCUACCGGCAUUUGCGUCUCGCCGCCCACCUAUCCAAAGGGCUUCACAACCAAGAGAAUGGAGUCAGUGGCGACAUCUACCACGACGGUUGUGGUCAACGUCACCUCCACCAGGACCGUCCAGGUUAGUCAGGGAAAGCCAUCAACUAGUGCUUUGGCUUCUGCCUUGUCUUUCGCUGGAUUCCUCUCUGACAAACCAUCGGCUGCGCCCACCGACGCCGACGCUAAGACGGUUGUCGACUCCACUAAAAAGACAGUCUGCUCUGUCCGGGUCUUCAGCCCGACAGAGCUUCUGGUCGCGCUUCCUAGUCGCAACAAGGCCGUAUGGCUCGCACAGGGCGCGAUUGAUAUCGAUGUGCGCCGCAGCGACGAACCCAUCAAGAUCAAGAUCUCGUCUGUGGACGAAGGUGUGGUUGUCGAACUUCCGCCGAGGGAGGCCUACGGCGUGCUGAACGUCUCCGUGGUGACUUCUCGCCGGCCCAAGGUCAAUGAGACGUUCCAGGUGGAUUUUGGCAAGUCGGCAGCGGCACAGGCUCUGGAGGCUGGCCUGGAUAUGUUACAGGACGCCGUCAGGAUGGUGUCAACCGGCGCCGGCGCAGCAUCGCACCUCAUCGAAGACGCGCUCAAGCUCCGGAAGGACUUUGUCUGCGCCGUGGAGCACGCUUCAGAGGCUGCCUGGACUCGCGCGGCUGGUAGGGUCAAGCGGACAGCGGAUGAUGUCCGUGAACACGUGGCCCGCCAGUUUGCGUCGGCCCAGACGAUUCGCAAGGAAGUUGACCUCUCCAUCCUUCAGGCACAAAUUGCUUCCCGGCUGUGGUGGCUCAAGGUUCUGGGAAAGGACGAGGAAUAUGUGGAAUACGCACGGAACGCAUCGCGGCUGCUCAAGGCGAAGCACGCGGAGCUUGCCAAGGGCCGCCGCCAGGCCAAGGAGACGAGACUGCCGAAAGAGACGUUCUCGUCCUUCGGCCUACGGACCGGCCUGUAUCGGCCAUGGCGGAAGCGCUGUGCCAGAGGUGCCGAGAGGGGCCAGGACACAGCGGACUCGCGAAAUGGUCGCUGGAGCUUUCAGUGGAAGCAGCUGAUGGCGGGAGGAGGUGUGUAACUUUGCUUAACUCCUUGUUAUUUCUCGCAUGGGGCGUCCACACCUCACUACCUGACUUUCAUCCAAUGUCUGUAAGUUUCCCAAUGCAAGAAACGCGUGCAGUGUGCGCAACUCAACUCGGCA